AUGACUAAAAGUGGUGCAAAUAAAACAGGUGGUAAGGCGCAAACUGGUGUCAAUGCCAAAGCAACUGCAGUGUCUACGAAUAAUAAUGAAGCAGCCGCUAAUAUUCAGCGUACUAAUCCAAUGCCAACGAACCAUCCUACCGAUUCGUAUAUACCCUCUCAUCUAGUCAAUUUAAUUCCUGAAUUGGAUUCUUAUCAACAACUUAUUGAAGCUGAAAAGAAAUUGGAUGUUUAUCUAGCUAGGAAAAAAAUUGAUAUUUUCCAAAGUAUCUCCCAAUGGAACAACUCUAAGCAAGCUCACAGAGAUUUUUCUCAUCAUGAUAAGGACCAAACCAAAUUUUUACGUAUUUAUGUCUCUAAUAUUGCUGAAAAUCAACCAUGGCAAGAUACGUCCAACAAGCUUGAGGAUGGUUCGUGGACCAUGAGAAUAGAGGGUCGGUUAUUGGAUUCACAAACUGCAGAUGAUACUAAUAGAUCUAAAUUUAGUUCAUAUAUUCAAGAUAUUGCUGUUGAUUUCAAACUCCCACCUAAAGUUAACUCAGAUGAUCAAUCUGAGGAUAAAGAUGUUGAUAUGACGGCUGGUGAAUCAAAUGAUCUAAACGUUGAUAUAGAUACGUCGAACACUAUUAAUUUACCUUUGCAAUCACCAGAUACGAAUAACAAUAUUGAUGUGUCAGAAUCUACUGAACCAGAGAAAGUUAUUGAGUCGACUAUGGAAUCUGUAAUUUAUGACGCGGUCGAAUGGCAUUUUGAUCCAAAGAAUCCUGUUGAUUUUGACGGUUUGGAUAUUAAAAGAUCUGGUACAUCCAAUGUCAAUUGUACAGUGACUAUUCAGUUGAAAGGAUUUAGUGGUGACAAUUUGGAAUAUUCUUCUGACCUUGCCUUAUUGAUUGGUAAAUCCCAAGGUUCACUCCAUGAGGCAAUUUAUUCCAUCUAUAAAUAUAUUCUUCUAAACAAUUUGCUUGUGGGUAAUCAAACUGAAGCAAAUGGUAACUCUAUAGAUGGGAAUAAUACUACAAAUGGUGAAAAGACUUAUGUUAAACUAGAUGAAUUUUUAUCUAGGCUACUCCCUGAAAAUACUGAUAAAGAUCCAUUUUCUACAGAUAUUGAAGAUUUGACCACUAAUGAUAAAAAGGAAGAUGAGGAAAAGACAUUAAAAUUAUCAGAAUUACCAAAUCUUGUGAACAGUCAUAUAGCACCAAUAAAACCCAUAAAGACAGAUUAUGUAAUUAGGGUUGAUAAAGCUACUACUUAUGGAGAACUUGUGUUUGAUGUUGAAGUGCCAGAUGUAACCCAGUUACAAAACCCAGCCGGUCUUCAUCCAAAUGAAUUGUCUACUGAAGGUAUGAAAUUAUUAUCUGAAUUAGACGAACUUUCAAACCAAGUUCAACCUAGAUUGGAUGAUCUAGAAAAACAAUCAAACAAUUUACUAUUACAAUUAAAUUCUAGUGCCGACAAAUAUUACUUUUUCAAAAAAAUGGCUACAAAUCCUGUACCAGCACUUCAAGAAUAUAUGGGAUCAUCUGCUAAUGCUCUAAAGGUUCUUUCUGGUGACGAGGGCUUCAACGAGGACACUGUCAGAAGAGCACAAUUUUAUAAAGACAACGAAGGUAUAUUGUUUGAAAAUCUGGGUGUUCUUCUUGCUAACGGAAGAUUAUAA